CAGUUCUGUGGUGUCCCUCAGGGCGAGGUGAUGAACCUGCUGAUGUUCCUGUCCACGUGGGAUGGGAAGGUGCCCCAGCCGGCCAUCCUGAAGCCGCGGCCGCUCUGGACGGGGAAGCAGAUCUUCUCCCUCAUCAUCCCCGGCCACAUCAACUGCAUCCGCACCCACAGCACCCACCCCGACGACGAGGACAGCGGCCCCUACAAGCACAUCUCCCCCGGGGACACCAAGGUGAUCGUGGAGAACGGGGAGCUGAUCAUGGGCAUCCUGUGCAAGAAGUCCCUGGGGACAUCGGCCGGGUCCCUGGUGCACAUCUCCUACCUGGAGAUGGGCCACGACACCACGCGGCUCUUCUACAGCAACAUCCAGACCGUCAUCAACAACUGGCUGCUCAUCGAGGGUCACACCAUCGGCAUCGGGGACUCCAUCGCCGACGCCAAGACCUACCAGGACAUCCAGAACACCAUCAAGAAGGCCAAGCAGGAUGUGAUCGAGGUGAUCGAGAAGGCCCACAACAACGAGCUGGAGCCCACCCCAGGCAACACCUUGCGCCAGACCUUCGAGAACCAGGUGAACCGGAUCCUCAACGACGCCCGCGACAAGACGGGGUCUUCUGCUCAGAAAUCCCUGUCCGAGUACAACAACUUCAAAUCCAUGGUGGUCUCGGGGGCCAAGGGCUCCAAGAUCAACAUCUCCCAGGUGUACAUGCACCUGCCGCAGACGGACAACAAGAAGAAGAUCAUCAUCACCGAGGACGGGGAGUUCAAGGCGCUCCAGGAGUGGAUCCUGGAGACCGACGGCGUCAGCCUCAUGCGGGUGCUGAGCGAGAAGGACGUGGACCCCGUGAGGACAACCUCCAACGACAUCGUGGAGAUCUUCACCGGCUCCACCUACAGCCCCACGUCCCCCGGCUACAGCCCCACGUCGCCGACCUACAGCCUCACCAGCCCGGCCAUCAGCCCCGACGACAGCGACGACGACAACUGA